GAUUCUCGGAUCUACAGGGGCUCGAGAGCCUCAUCAUCAUCCUCUUCCAUUGAAACCCUAGCCACCUCUGCCAUGGCGUCGGGGACCGUCCCCUCCUCGCAUCCAGAUUGGGCGAAUCUGUUGGGCGAGGUACUCACCCUCAUAGCCAAACGCCUCUCCGCCGUUGACUACUGCAGUUUCUCCGCCGUCUGCACUUCGUGGGCGUCGAUCGCGUCGCCGGAGAACUGCAUGCCCCGUCCCCUGCGCAGGAGUCAGCCUUAUCUCUUGUUCUCCGGUGACGGUGCCGGCGACUGCGAGCAGAGUGAUUUCUGUACGCUUUUCGAUUUCCAGGAUAAUUCUUUCAUAAAGAUUCAUCCUUUACCAGAGAUACGCGGCAAGUGGAUAGUCGGAUCUCAGUUCGGAUGGGUUACCGUCAUAGAUGAGCUCGGAAACCCUGGCCUCCUCAAUCCGUUCAAUAGAUCUCGAAUCGAGCUCCCUUCCAUCAGGCCCUAUCCUUAUGCUGAUCCUGUUGACGAUUCUGAGGGCUCUCGAAUAAGUCAUGACGAUGGUGAUCAGUGCUACACAAAGAUACAGGGUGGAUUAGCCGUCGGAAUAAGAAAGCUUGUGCUGUCCUCAAACCCAACCCAUGGCGAUUUUGCAGCCGUGGCCAUCGGACGGCGCGGUGACCUCAUGUUUGCCAGAUCGGGCGAGGAAAAAUGGAAUCUCUUGUAUGCAGAUACGCGGCGUCCCAUGGCUGAUGUCAUAUAUCGCGAUGGUAAAUUCCUUGCGCUCACUAUCUUCGGUAAAAUCUAUGCGUUCGACCUCCACUGUCCGUUUUCUCCUCUGAGGAAGUCCUUGUUCGCCAAGAGCCGCGGCGGUUAUUCCGCAACCAGGUAUCUGGUGGACUCAUCUGGGGUUCUUUUGCAUGUCUUUAGGAAAAGUGUUUUCGUGGAGGAAAAGUCUACGGAUCAAACUAACUUAUUUGAGAUUAGUAGUCUGGACCCUGAAACGGGUACAUGGAUUCCAGUAAGGAGCUUGGGUGAUCGCUCCCUAUUCAUAGGUUCCUGGUGCUCUGUGUCCCUUUCAGCAAAAGGGAUGUCCGGGCUAGAAGAGAACCGUGUCUAUUUUACGGAUGACUUUUGGGACAUUCUUACAGCAGAAAAAGGAUUUGAACGUGAUAUCGGAAUAUUCGACUUGAGCAGUCAAAGUUUUAAGAAUUGCUAUCCUCCGGAAUUGAGAUUGACAUGGCCUCCACCCAUCUGGAUUACACCUCCACAUAUCUAAAUUUAACAAUACUCUCUUUAGGCCCAGG